CUAAGGCGCACUUUUUUUGAUUUCCCUUUUUUCUCCUCUUUUUUGUUUUCUCCUUUAUCUAUAUACCUUCGACUAUGCAUUUCCUACUGGAAGCCUGGUAUCGCAAACCUUUAGAACCAAAGCUACUUGUAUAUAUUCGAGGGUUCACCGCCUCUUUGAUGAGCAUGGCAUUCUUGGUUUACUGUGGAUAUCUCGGCUGGCAAGUAGGGCUCACAUUCAUUUAGCUCUGUGAUUGUCAUACUUAGCUUUUGAACGCUUUGACAGGUCUAUUAUGAUAAGCCGUUGCUGCUCAUAUCAAGCGAAACCAUAUCGCCAGCUUUUCCUGGACCCGACAUUGAAAUGUGCGUUCAAUCAUCCAGUAUGACCCUUCAUCGAAUCGAUUUUAUAGACCCCGCUUGGAACACCCUGACGAUUCAAGACGUGUCGAAAUACGUGUCUCUGGGCCAACGCGAAGCUUGGGAUACUAAUUGGUGUUACCUUUUCCACUCCGAUGCAGUUUAUUACGCAACAGAUUCACAAGCAGCACUGCCUGGCAAGACAGUCAUUCGACGCAUGGAUGUUUACUGGCGUAUUGAUAGCCUGGCCAACGUCUCUGCUGUGUCUGUCGCGGUACCGGGCGUCGCUGUUCAUCUUUACGCAAACUCAUUGAAUUCUUGGAAUAUACGACCAGACGAUGCCUUGACAAAAGCUAAAACUCAGAAGCUGCAGGAUAUUAAACUUGGUCUUUACCGGUCCACCACUUUUCAAAAUCACUCAAGCACCAUUUUCUUCACCCCCACGAAGUACAGAGCCAUCAAACCAAAGGAUGUAACAUCGGUGCUUGGAUUUGACACAUCUUAUGAGGAUCUUGUUACAAUUGAAACAGUGCAGCACACUUGGCCGUUACAUGCCAACAAUGUUAAUCUCACCAGAGGCGAUUAUCACGGUUUGUUUAUGCUACAACUGGCCAGUUCGCACAUGGAAGUGCAGACGGAACAGCGUCAACAUACAACGCUGGCGGCUCUUGCAUUGGCAGGUGGUAGCUAUGGCUUGUUGACGACGUUGUACAUUCUUUUAUUUGGUAUGACACGUCUUACACCCUGGGGUUUGAUACAUCACGUUCCAGUACUCGUCAGUCGAGGCAAAGGCAAAUUUCAGUGUGGUAAUUUGGCUGACACGGCUUCGGAUCGCACGGACGAUCGAUCCACUUCCAGUAAAGGCAGUAGUUCGAUUCCUUGGUUCUUCCGUCGUCAUCUCUUUGGACGUUAUAAAUCCAGCGAUUCAGCAGAGAUGAUCCCUAUGGAGAGAAAGUCGACAUUUAGGGACAACGUUCCAGCUUUCAAUGGCGGGCAAGCUGCGGUUUCAGCCGACAACCGAUCUCAGAGUUUUAUCAUGCAAAGCUUACCGCUUGCAGACAACUGCAGCGAUGUCGAUCCAAAAGGUGAAAUGGUCACACAAGCCAUGAUUUCUCAAGAUCGAGCUGUCAGUCUGGAAGGACGCAUCGAAGAAUUGGAAAUGUUUUUAAGAGAAUACUUUUUGAAUACGGAAUAUCUGGACCAUCUGCGUCGCCGGAGACUACGACGUCAAACGACCCUUCAGAUGGCUGAAGAACAGAAUCAUGCUACAGUGAUUGACAAUAUGGGCGUUUUGGAACGUCAACCUCACCACGAUUACCCGCAUCACUUACAAUCCGAGGCCGUAGCUGAUGUACCUGAAUCCAAUAUCCCUUAUACCAAAUUUUAAACCAGCUACAGUAAUGCUUGAUAUCGUAUUUGUUACUAUUUUAUUCACACAAGUCCUUCACUCUAUUAUACAACUUAUUCCCAUGCUGUUGCAUUUUUCUGUUGAGAACAAGCAUUCAUAGACACUUACAUUAGCAAAUUUUAUCGUUUUACAAACAUGAUUAUGUGA